GUUCUUACAAAGGCCUUGGCCUCUGUGCCCCAUUGCUGACCCUCUGGAGGAACUGGUUGGCCACGGCUGGCCUCGAUGGACCACUGGCUUGUCCCAGGAGGGCUCUCCUUAUGUUCUUCCGAAGGCCUUGGCCUCUGUGCCCCGUUGUUGACCCUCCGGAGGAACUGGUUGGCCACGGCUGGCCUCGAUGGACCACUGGCCUGACCCAGGAGGGCUCUCCUUAUGUUCUUACGAAGGCCUUGGCCUCUGUGCCCCGUUGUUGACCCUCCGGAGGAACUGGUUGGCCACGGCUGGCCUCGAUGGACCACUGGCCUAACCCAGGAGGGCUCUCCUUAUGUUCUUACGAAGGUCUUGGCCUCUAUAUCAUCCGUGAAUAUCACUGUAUUUUUUGUAGAAAACCUGUACAUGGCAACUCAAUGAAUACUUUGAAAGAAAAAACAUUACUUCUGAGGAAGACUACUCUGAAAACGCACUUUGAAAUGUGCGAUGUAUUUGGUUGCCCUUUGGAGCCCGCAGGUGCCUCGGAGUCCUCUGUAGCAGCUGUACCAGAGAACUCUUGCACCACAGAUGCUGGAUGCUGGAAAGUAGCUCCUGUUACUGUGUCCAGGAAGCAGAACUGGGCCAAGUUCGAAGCAGGUAUCCCCAGUAGGAAGUCAUGUUUCUCAAGUGUGCCACAAGGACUGGUGGCCCAGGAUGAAAAGCCAUCCUCCAAGAGCCUUUCCCUCACCAGCGUGGUGACUGCCAGGUCCAAGGAGGCCACUGAGACGCUGAUGGGCUCUAUAGAGAUUUGCAGCUCCAAUGCUAGCGUCAAGUGCAGCAGCCAGGGCGCUUACUUGCAGAGCCUGGACAGGAGCAGCCGGGACUGGGUGCUCUCUUCAGGGAAAGCCCCUGGGGCAGACGAGCCAGCUGCAAGCUCCAUCAGUGAGCGGAAAGCAUCUGUUGCCACCGGCAGUAGAAAAGGGGAGAUCUGGUACAACCCUAUCCCAGAGGAUGAGGACCUGCGUCCCCAGUAUCAUGAAAUGACGAGGGGCAGCAGUGCAGGGGACAAGGAGUUGCAGAAGAAGAGGUUUAGGGAGGCCGAAGUCGUCCAAGAGUGGUCCUCCCAGCAGUCGUCGCUGAGCCAAACAAAGCCAGCUAUGCAAGCUGAGGAGGGGAGCAGACAGCAGGACCUGGCAUGUGGAAAGGUGCCUGUCACAAGUGCGAGUCCUGAAGAGGGCACAACGGACACCAUAAUGACGGUCCAGAGCCCCAGCAGCACCCAGAAGAAGGAUCAUCUUCUCGGCAAGACAAAGUCCCCAGGCCCAGUGCGAAGCCUCUCCAUGAAGUUGAGGAGGCUGCCAGAGCUGAGGCGAAGGCUUAGUCUGCGCAGCCUCCGCCCUCGCGGGCCAGAAGCAGAGGGGAGCUCUUCUCCCAAGGAGUCACGCAAUGUUAUCAGCCGCUACCACCUGGACAGUAGUGUGGCUUCUCGGCAGCACACAAGCAGGGGUGCAGCUGUGAGCAAAGAGGACUCCUUGCGCGGUGGUGGUGGUUCUCCAGAGCUCCUGGCUGAUGAUGCAGACUUGGGGCUUGAAGGUGGCUCCUUCCAGCCAUACAGAUCUGCAGAGCUCCCCGGUUGCCUACAGCAUCUUUCUGGGGUCGUGAGCAUCCACCUGCUUGGGGUACGAGACUUUAAGCCCCCCAGAGCUGAAGCCAAGGAGGUCUUCUGUGUCCUUCAAGUGGACUCUGUCAACAAGGCCCGCACGGCUCUGCUCCCUUGUCGGACGGCCUUCCUUAGUCUUAAUCAUUCUUUCCAGCUGGAGCUCGAACAUGCCCAACUCCUUAAAAUUGUGAUCUCCUGUGAUCCUUCAGUGCAGAGGGAUCGUGUGUGCUGCCAUGGAACCAUCCUCCUUCCCCAUGUUUUUCAAGGUGGCAGGUCUCGGCAGCUGGCUGUGCAGCUGCAGCCGCGGGGACUCCUCUACAUCAAGCUCAUCCUGCUGGAUCAACGGGAGCUGGCCAGUGGCAUCCAGGAGCCACAAGUUUUCGGAGUAAAGCUGAGCCAGCUGGUAAAGAGGGAGCGUGCUGCCGCCAUCAAGGUGCCACUCCUGGUCCAGAAGUGUGUGAAUCAGAUAGAGAAACGAGGACUGAAGGUUGUAGGUCUGUAUCGCUUGUGUGGCUCAGCAGUGGUGAAGAAGGAGUUGCGGGAUGCCUUUGAGAAGGACAGCACUGCCGUGGUGCUCUCGGAAGAGCUCUACCCAGAUAUCAAUGCCAUUACAGGCAUCCUCAAAGACUAUUUGCGUGAGCUGCCGAUGCCUCUCAUCACCAGCCAUCUCUACCAGGUGGUACUAGAAGCGAUGUCUAAAAGAGCGGCUGGCCAAGAAGCUGAGGAGACGGUGGAUCUUUUGGACUGCUUGCCGGAGGCUGAGAAGGCAACCCUGCGGCUGCUGUUGGACCACCUCAGCUUGGUUGCUGCAUUUUACGCCUUCAACCGCAUGAAUGCCCAGAACCUCGCUGUGUGCUUUGGGCCUGUUCUGCUCAGCCAGGGACCAGGGAGAGCAGGGGACCCAGCCUUUGGCUCCCAGCACCUCACUGCUUCCAGCACUGUGGACUUCAAGCACCACAUCGAAGUGCUGCAUUACCUGUUACAGUCCUGGCCAGCUCAGCAUAGGAACACCGAAGGGGAUGAGCCCCCCCUGCCUCGUGAGCGCCGCCUGUGCCACCUGGCUCUGGAUCUGCCUCUGGAGCAACCGGUGGUUGUGGUUCGGAGCCAUUCGAGAGGCUUAGAAAGCCCUCCCAGCAAUCGCUACGCUGGGGAUUGGAGCAUCUGCGGGCAGCAGCUAUUGCCGGGGCCCCCCAGGGGAAGUGGGGACCAAGGCGAGGUUGCUGGGAGCGGGAGUGACCACGAGGAAGACAGUGAAGGGGUUGCCCUGAGAGAUGGCCUGACGUGCCGUGGCCAGAGCAUCUUCCUGGACAACUUGGCCUUAAUGGAGGAUGCGGAGGCAGCCUUUAGCCGACGGAUCAGCCUGAAGGACUUUGAUGCCCUUCUGCUGGACCUGGAGCGCGAACUCUGCAAACAGAUCAACGUCUGCCUGUGAUGCUUCUGAAUCCCAAGAACCUCCAGUCCUUGUGGAAGAACCUGGCUGAAGCGCUGGUCUGUUCACAGUUCAUAGUCGACAAAUAUACUUCCAGUUGUGAAAGUCUGUGCUUGUAAGAACGAGGAGUCAUAGCAGGAGAGUGUCUCUGUGAAGGGUUUUUUGUUUUUUUUAAACUUGAAUAGUCUGGAAGGGAGAAGAAAACUGCUGUGUGACAAAUAAGAACAGGGAAGAAGUAUGAGAUGUCACAGGGAAGACUUGUGCCUUUGUUUACAUAUGUUAUUUUUUAAAUUUAUACCCAGCUUUUUGGCUUGAUCAGGGAUUCUAAGUGGCUUUUCACAUAUUUUCCUGCUUCGCCAAUUAAUUCCCACAGCACCUGCCACAGUGGGGGUAGAUUAGGCUGAGAGACUGUGAUGGGUCCCAGGUCAUCUGGCAGGCUUCUGUGCAAGUGAGGGAUUCGAAUCCAGUACUCCACGACACCACACCAGAAGUAGAUUACCCUAACUAUCACAGGAGACUUUGAUCCAGAAGGAUUUUGCAGCUUAUUUUUAAUGGUUUCAUUAGAGAUCAUUUUCACCAGUGUCUUAUAUUUCACUUCAUAAAGCUUUAUGAACCAUGAGGAGAAAGACAGAGGGAGACCAUAAAGCAACUUGAGUGGAUCGGGAUCGCUGAUGCCCACAUGAGAUUAAUUAGAUAGUUACGCUACAUUUUCUCUCCCGUGGGGACACAAAGUGGACACAGCAUCAUUCUCCUUCUCCACUACAUCUUCAUAACAACAACCGUGUGAGGUAGUUUAGCCUGAGAGAGACCCCAGAAGCUUCCACGUAGUGAGGAUUCGAACCUGGGCCUCCCAGAUCCUCGUCCAGUUGCAGGCCAGGGUUGCUGGGCAGCAGCAUUCAGGCUUGUCUGGAGUGGGAAAGCCUCUCAAGCAACAGAGAGCUCGAAUCAGGGCCAGAGCCAGCAGUCCCUUGCAGCAGGUCAGGGCUCGAGGGGUCCGGUCCAGAGUCCACAGACUACAACACAGUAAGUGGCAGCGAGGAAGCAGUUCAGUGCUCAGUUGCAUCCAUGCCUGCCUGCCUGCCUGCCGGCCAAUCAGUCCUAAUCCUCAUGCCGUGAGGACUCACUCACUUUCUGCUCACGCAGGGGCCUCCGCCGAGCCAUCAGCUGGGCACUACGCCUUUUUGUGUGUAGUUUCCUCCUGCAAUUCUGUCUACGUUGAUCAUCUGGCUCAGGUGAACUAACUGGCUCAGGUGAACUAACUAACUGACCUUAGCUGGCACAAGGUCAGAGGAACAAGGUGCUUCUGCAAGCACUUUGGACUCUGAACCCCGGCUAGCCUGCUGUUCAAGUCCAUUCUGUUGGGGUUCUGCCUGAACUGAGCUCACCCCGUUGGGGUUCUGGCUGGACUGAGCCCUCGGUGUCUAGCUCUUACAACUCGUUGCUCCCCAGGGUUUGGCCCACAACAAUACCGUAGUGGCACCUUUACCAGAUGGUCACAAGUGAAAUGCAUGAUUUUUGCUUUGUUACGGUAGUGUGGACCUGUGCUUAUUAAACGUAAAUUUCAAAGUA